AUGUUGCAAAACCUAUCAUGGCUUAUUCCAGCAUCGGCAGGGUCGCUGGCCAUUGCUACGUCAUGCACCAUUGCUUCAUUUUGGAUCAUUGAGCGAUUGGUAACGGACUACCGACUGAGCAAAGUUGAUGGAGUUCGAGCCUCAAUUCUUGCCGGCAAUCCAAUUACUUCAUUCUUUUUCUUCUUCAAGGGCGCCUACAUGCACUCGCAGAACCGACUGUUGGAGUACUAUUUCAGCAUGUUCGAGAACGCUGACCCUUCCUGCCCCAAUGCCGUUGAAAUCAGUAUCAUCGGCCGCCGUUCCAUAAUAACUAUUGAUCCAGAACAUAUCAAAGCAGUUCUUGCCUCGAAUUUCACGCACUUUGGUAAGGGUGAUCGCUUUCACUCGACCUGGGAGCCUUUCCUCGGGGAUAGCAUCUUCACUACAGAUGGGCAGCUAUGGCAGCAGAGCAGGACCUUGAUCCGACCCAUGUUCCUGAAGCAGAAGAUUCGAGAUAUGGAAAUUAUCGAAAGGUGGAGCGAUGUGAUGAUUUCGAAAAUUCCUCCGUCUGGACACACGGUCGAUAUCAGCGACUUGUUCUAUCGCAUGACGCUUGAUGCUACAACGGACUAUCUGUUGGGCCACAGUGUUGAGAGUCUUGAGAACCCAAGGGGUGAAUUCUCAAAAGCGUUCACAUACGUCCAGCGAAAACAAAUGACUCUCACUCUACUUGCACCCUUGCGUCGCUUCAUCCCCAAAGGCGAAUAUAACAGGGGUAUCAAGGUCCUCGAAGCAUUCAUCCAGCCUUUUAUCGAAGCAACUUUGGCUCUCAUUCCCGAAGAAUUAGAAAAGAUAUCCAAGUCAGACAAAGAGUUCACGUUUCUGCAUCAAAUUGCCCUCUUUUCGCGAGACCCCAAAGUCAUCCGGGAUCAGAUCAUGGCAGUGCUGCUGGCGGGAAGAGACACCACCGCAGCGACUCUAUCCUGGGCGCUUUACGAGCUAUCUAAUUAUCCUGCGACCUGGCAAAAGCUGCGAAACCACGUUUUGCAGAAAGUCGGGCCGGAUGCAGCGCCUACUUAUGAAGAUAUUAAAGACUUGACGUACCUCACUCAUACACUGUACGAGACGAUGAGACUAUACCCUGCAGUUCCGUUUAACAUUAGAACAUGCCUCGAAAAUUCAACGUUGCCGGGCAUGCCAGGCCAACCCGACAUUGCCACGCUCAAAGGUGAUCACAUCAUCUAUAGCACUCUAGCUAUGCAGCGUCGCAAGGAGCUUUACCCUCCAGUAUCAGAGACGUUCGCCGACCCAGCAAUCUUUAGUCCAGAGCGAUGGGAGCAUUGGACACCCAAGCCGUGGCAGUUUGUGCCUUUUAAUGGCGGGCCUCGAAUCUGCAUUGGGCAGAAUUUUGCCAUGACGGAGAUGGCAUUUAUGAUGAUCCGUCUCUUGCAAAAGUAUGAGAGGAUAGAGUAUAGGGGAGAUUGGGCGGCGCAGUAUCUCAAGGCAGACAUUGUGGGAUGCCCUGGACAAGGAGUGCCAAUUGCGCUGUACGAGGCAGAAAAGCGGUAUUGA